AUUUCCCAAUAGUAUUUUUUUUCUCUUCUUCUUCUUCCUCCAUAAUCCAUUAUCAUAUUCAUAUUUGAUCACUAUCUCUGUUACCUUACACCGCUUUAUACAUUUUCCAGGAAAGUUUGUAAUUUUCCUGGAAAAAAUUCUGAUUUAAUUCAGGCCCAAUUUUCCUUCCCCUUAUACCAGAAUACCCGUUUCAUAUUUUCUGCGAAAUCUAUAAAUAAACUCAAAAGAAAGAGAAAAAAAAAAUCUAAUUUGCUUCUGAAUUCCGAUGGGGCAAGGGCAAUCCAAAGACGAGUUGCUCUAUCAGCAAGUCAGUUAUGGGAACGCCGAAGGAAUCAAAACCCUUCACAGAGAAGGUGCAGGCCUAGAGUGGAGGGACAAAGAUGCGAAGACCCCCUUGAUUGUUGCUUGUAUGAAUCCUCGGCUUUAUAAUGUUGCCAAAACUUUGAUAGAACUUGGAGCCAAUAUCAAUGCAUUUCGUCCUGGUCGUCAUGGUGGGACUCCACUGCAUCAUGCAGCUAAAAGGGGCUUUGAUAGUAUUGUUAAGUUACUUCUUUUGCAUGGAGCCAAUCCUUUAGUCUUGAAUGAUGAUUGUCUAACUGCUCUUGAGGUUGCCAGGGCCAAAGGACACAGCAAUGUUGUUCGUACAAUUGAGAGUCAUCUAUGCUUGUUCUCUGGUUGGCUGUGCGAGUUUCAUGGACCUGGGUUUCUAGAAGUAGUAGCUCCUCAGUUGGUAUCAAAAAAAGUUUGGGUGGUUGUUUUACCAGUUGGCUCCCGUACUCUUGCCAAGCCUUACAAGUUGGAGCUUGCCAUAUAUUCUAGGUUGCAGGACGCACAACCACGUACCGUUAUUGGACUGUGGAAUGCCGAUUUACAAGAUCCAAAGCUUCACCAGUCUGAUCCGUCAGUGACAGUUGUUGAUCGCAUUACUAAAACACGCGUUAAACUUGGGCCUGCAAGUGAGAAUGACAAGCAACAACUUACAUGGUUUUCUAAUGCUUGCAAAGGAAUUCCACAGGUAAGUCCAGCAUUCUUGCAAAAUAACGUGCCUACAGGUCCACCCACAGCACCACCAGUUGCAGAAGACACAGAGUUGGCUAUGGCCAUCAGUGCAUCCCUUCAGUCUGCCAUGCAGGAGAGGCCACCCUUUUCUGAUACACAGCCAAGCUUUGAAGCAAGCUCUUCAAGCAGUGCAGUGAAUACAGGCAAUCAUGGUUUUCUUGGCACACCAAAUCCUAAUACAAGUGAUAGUGAGUUGGUACAAGAAGCUAACCCAGAUGGCAAUACUCAGCACCUCCAAAGCCAUGUGAAUGCUAGUGCUUUGGACUUGAAUCCAUCAGCUCCACCAAUCGCCAAUGAGAUUCUGGCAGAUGGUCCCAUUCAGUAUCCAUCAAUUGAUUUAAGCCCUGUUGAUAUGGCAUCUCCAGAUGCUGAGAAGCUUCCUAAAGGAGAAAAAAAUGCCGGUGGAAGGGGUUCAUCAUGCGUGAUAUGUUUAGAUGCUCCAGCAGAAGGGGCAUGCAUACCCUGUGGCCAUGUUGCUGGAUGCAUGUCUUGCUUGAACGAGGUGAAAUCAAAGAAAUGGGGUUGCCCUGUAUGUCGAGCUAAGAUAGACCAAGUCAUAAAGCUAUAUCAUGUUUGAGAUUUGAGACGGUGUGGAGGAGUUAGCAGUGUUCAUGCAUGUUGCAUAAAGUAGCAGUACACAUCUUGUUUAAAAAAUUAACAUUUUCAGCUAGAAAUGCAUACAGAAAAAUGUGUCUAUACUAGGAGAAUCACAAUCCCACAUGGGACUUUGUGAAUAUGUUAAAUUUAAUAUGCUUCAUUCUACGCACUUGUGGAUUCAAAUUAGCACUUCUGGAAGAUCAACUUUUUUUUAGGAGUUCUGGAAGAUCAACUGUGAAACUAGAGUAUGAAAAAUAUUUAUAAAGUUUUCAGGAUUCCUGGGUUUUAUUUUCAAA